AUGGGGCCAUCUCGCGUCCGAACCCUACCUGCGAUUCACCGCCUCCUCGGUACGCCGCACGCCCCUGGUGGGCGGGGAGCGACGCAGUGCAUGACAGGGCGGGUGCUGGGCAUGCCGCAGGGCGCUCGCUGCUCCGCACAGCCCCCCUCCACGCGCGCUUGUCCCAGCGUCCCCCUCUCGUUCCCCCCCGCCCCUUCCAUGUGUUCCCCCCGCGCUUCCCAUGUGUUCCCCCCGCGCUUCCCAUGUGUUCCCCCCGCGCUUCCCAUGUGUUCCCCCCGCGCUUCCCAUGUGUUCCCCCCGCGCUUCCCAUGUGUUCCCCCCGCGCUUCCCAUGUGUUCCCCCCGCGCUUCCCAUGUGUUCCCCCCGCGCUUCCCAUGUGUUCCCCCCGCGCUUCCCAUGUGUUCCCCCCGCGCUUCCCAUGUGUUCCCCCCGCGCUUCCCAUGUGUUCCCCCCGCGCUUCCCAUGUGUUCCCCCCGCGCUUCCCAUGUGUUCCCCCCGCGCUUCCCAUGUGUUCCCCCCGCGCUUCCCAUGUGUUCCCCCCGCGCGCACGUGCCCCCGCAGGUGCCGCGGGAGCGCAAGAUCGCCAACGUGCAGAGCCUCGGCUUCGGCGCGCUCUUCGCGCCCACCCCUCCGCUCCCCGCCUCCGCCGCUUCCCCGCUCCUCUCACCCUCCGCUUCCACCCUCCCCUCCCCCACCUCCGCCGCUCCCGCUUCCUCCCAACCGCCCCCUGUGGUGCGCCAUGCGCCGCUGCGCUGCGCCUUCUGCGGGGCGUGCGUGUGCCUCUACUCCGCCAUCGCGCCCGCCACGGGCGACUGGCGCUGCGCGCUGUGCGGGCGCCCCAACAUGAGCGGCGGGCACUACCUGCUGGCGGAGGGGGAGACGCUCGAGGGGUGGCCGGAGCUGGGCGCGCGCGUGGUGGACUACGUUGAGGCGGGCGGGGGGGCGCGCGGGGCGGGGGAGGGGGGAGUGGGGGGGGGCGCGUCGGAGGCGGUGCUGGGGGCGCCGGUAGUGGUGGUGGUGGACGAGGGGCUGGACGCCGCGUGCAUGGGGGGAGUCAGAGCCGCGCUCACGGCGAUGCUGCAGCACCUGCCGUCCGCCACGCGCAUCGCCAUCAUCACCUUUGGCGCGGCCCUCUCGCUCUUCGACCUCUCGCCCUCCGCCUCGCCGCUGCUCGCCUCCGCCGACUGCUUCCCCGCCACACACGCGCUGCCCGCCGCCACGCUGGCCGCGCUGCUGCUGGGCCGCGCGCAGCACCUGGCGCCCAUCGCGGCCUGCCUGCCCUCCGCGCAGGCUGUCAUCGCCUCGCUGCGCCCCUGCCGCGCCGCCACGCCCCCCCUCGCCCGCGCGCGCGCCCUGGGUCCCGCCGUGGACCUCGCGCUCGCGCUGCUGCGCGGCCCCGCGCCCGCCCUGCCGCGUGCCUCGCAGCGGCGGUGGAGCGGGGCGGCGCGCGUGGUGGUGCUGUGCGGGGGGCCGGCCACGGUGGGCGCGGGGGCGGUGGCGGAGGGCAUAGAGGGCGUGGGGGAGGGCGAGGAGCGGCAGCGCGAGCAGGCGGCGAGGCGGCACUACGAGGCGCUGGGCAGGGAGGCGCGGCGCAUGGGCGCCGUGGUGGACGUGUUCUCGGGGGGCCCACUACUGGUGCGCGUGCCCGCACUGCUGCCCCUGGCGGCGCUGUCAGGGGGCGCGCUGGUGCCGCUGGACGAGUUCAGCCCCGCCGCGUUCCCCCCGCUGCUGCUGCGCGCCCUCUCGCGCAUCGUGGGCGCGGAGGGGUCGCUGGAGGUGCGCUGCUCGCCCGAGGUGGCUGUGACGCGCGUGAUCGGCCCCGCAGAGGCGGAGGAGGGCGGCGGGCGCAGGGGGGCGGGCGGGGAGGAGGGGUUCCCGGAGGACAGUGCGACGGCGGUGGCGCUGCUGAGUGUGGACGAGGAGGCAGCGGUGGCGGUGAGCAUGGAGCUGACAGACGACCUCACCCGCCACCACGUGUUCUUCCAGUUCCUCUGCCGCUUCCGCCUCCUCAACCAUGACCUGGCGGCAUCGCUACCGGCGUACCUCUCAUCGGUGCACGAGCCCACAGCAGCGCUGCUCAUCGCCAAGCGCACCGUGCUGGCGGCGCCCACGGCUCGCGAGGCGGGGGAGAUGCGCGCGUGGGUGGACGCCCGUGCACGUGACUUGGCGCUCAAGCUGGGCGGCGUGGCACAGCACAACCGCUCCCUGCUGCAGUUCCCCCACCAGCUGCCGCGGGUAGCGGAGGCGCUGUACGAGGUGAGGCGCAGCCCGGUGUUGGGGCGCCACGUGGCGGGCGAGUGGGAGCGCCAGGCCCUGCGCGCACUGCUGCUGCGCGCAGGGGGGGAGGCGGCGCUGCGCAUGGUGCUGCCCUCGCUGCUCAUGUUCCGCGCCGGCCACGCCACCCAGUUCGUUGAAGUACCGCCCUCUGACCUGGCGCUGACGUCAGAUGCCGCCCUGGUGCUGGACCACGGCACCGACAUGCUCAUCUGGCUCGGAGCGCACCUGGCGCCGGACGAGCCCACGAGGCGCGGAGUGGAGGCGGCGUGUCGCCAGCUGGCAGCGCAGCUCAUGGGCGGGCCGGGCGGCAGAGGCAGGUUCCCGGCACCACGCGUACUCUGCUUCACUCCCGCAUCCUCGACCUGCACUCCCCGCUCACCCCGCCCUGUGCCCGCCCUCCCCAUGACGGCAUGGCAGGAGGGCACGGCGGAAGCGGCCUUCAUGACGGCGCGCCUCACGCCCACACACAAGGACCCCCUCGCUGUUCAGUGCUGUUGCCUCUGCUCUGCUCCUGCCCACCUCCUCACUGUGUCUCACGAUCCCCACCACUCCACCCCCACUGCUACCUGCGUUCCUCCCCUCCCUGCCCGCCAGGAGCUGCUCUUCCCACCGCUGAGGGAGAUGCAGGAGGAGGAGCGGGCAGCCGUGCGGGCCAAGCUGCCGCCCACCCCCGAGCCCGGCUUCACCGACUGGCUGCGCUCGCUGCGCCUCGCGCCCCCCCAACCCCCCCUCGCUGCACCCUCCUGA